UUCAACUCUGUUUUGUUUAGUUUAUUUUAGUUUCCAGUAUUAAUUAAAUAAUUCUACAAGCAAACCAUUUUGGUGUUUGUUUACUUCUGCUUCUGGAACUGCAUCUGCAUGGAAAAAGAAACAAAACUUUGAACCUCCUCCUAGUUGAUGAAAUCACAUGAUUCUUUUCUUCCCCUGUACUGUGUAUCAUCAGAAUUGAUCUUGUUGAAGGUCACCAUAAAGGCAUAAACGGCUAGUUUGUCUUUUGGUUAGAGGAAGUGAAGGCCUUGCCUUCUUCUUUUGCUGCGUGUGUUUCUGAACUUGGUUGCAAAUUAGCCGAGCGAUUAUGCUCAUUGCCAUCAACUGACAGCUGUUGAAGAAAAUGGGUCAAGAAUUUUUAUCCUUGUUUCAUCUUGAAACAAAGAGAUUACUAUGGCUUAUUGGUAUUACUUUUGCUGUGAUCAUAGCUUUUCAGUAUCUUGAGCUUCCAUAUGGUAUCUUUAGCUUCCAUACUACCGCUCCAUCACCUAAAUUGGAACCAAACUCUACUGCUGAACAUGAUCUUGAGAUGUCUGCAACAAUAGCUGGUUUGGUCUUAGAACCAGGAAGCCCACCAAACCAAUCUUUAGUAUUUGAUGAAUCUGAUAACAUUACUACGGUUUUGAGUUUUUCGACAAAUGGUUCAGUAGAAGAGAACAUUACAUCUAGACCUGAAAAUAAAUCUGCAAGUUCCUCUGCUUCUUCUCCUGAAAAGGCACCACCAUAUUUAACCCCACCUUUUAGUCCUGCAACAAAUGUGAGCACAAAUAUUACAUCUGCAGUGUUAUCAAAUGAUUACAACAAAUCCUUAUCUCAGAAGGACAACAUAAAUUCUAUGAAGGAAGGGAGUUUUAGGCCAUCAACAAAUGAGAUUGGACAUUCUCAUAUACCAGUUCCAGAAGUCACAUCUGUAUCUGAAAUGACCAAGUUAUUGAUUCAAAGUCAUGCUUCCUAUCGUCCUAUGAGGCCAAGGUGGUUUUCAGCUGUUGAUCAAGAGUUACUGCAGGCCAGAUUACAGAUUGAAAAUACACCAAUCAUAAGGAAUGAUCCAAAUCUUUAUGCUCCCAUUUAUCAAAAUGUUUCCAUGUUCAAGAGGAGCUAUGAGUUAAUGCAGGAGACUCUGAAAGUGUAUGUGUACAGAGAAGGAGAUAGACCCAUACUGCACUCACCAUUUCUGACAGGAAUAUAUGCAUCUGAGGGAUGGUUCAUGAAGCUGAUGGAAGCUAAUAAAAGAUUUGCAACUAAAGACCCAAACAAGGCUCACCUGUUUUACUUACCUUUCAGUUCUCGUAAGCUGGAGGAAACAUUGUAUGUGAAGGAUUCACAUAGGCGUGGCAACCUGGUUCAAUAUCUUCAUGAUUAUGUGGACCUCAUUGCGGGGAAACAUCCUUUCUGGAACAGAACCGGAGGUGCUGAUCAUUUCCUUGUUGGCUGCCAUGACUGGGCCCCAUCAGAAACAAAGGAGCGCCUGACCAACUGCAUAAGGGCCCUGUGCAAUGCUGAUGUAAAAGAAGGUUUUGUGUUUGGCAAAGACGCUUCUCUUCCUGAAACAUUUGUCCGCAAUGCUCUGAACCCCACCAGGGAUGUUGGUGGAUAUCCAGCUUCAAAGAGGAAAACACUAGCCUUUUUCGCAGGGCAAGUGCAUCAUGGUUAUGUGAGGCCAAUACUGUUGCAUCACUGGGAGAAUAAAGAUCCUGACAUGAAAAUCUUUGGGACAUUGCCAAGGUCCAAGGGUAACAGAAACUACAUCCAGUACAUGAAGAGUAGCAAGUACUGCAUUUGUCCCAGAGGGUAUGAAGUGAACAGUCCGCGAGCUGUGGAAGCCAUUUCCUAUGAAUGUGUUCCGGUUAUUAUAUCUGACAAUUUUGUCCCACCAUUUUUUGAGGUUUUGAAUUGGGAAUCCUUUGCUGUUAUUGUUUUGGAGAAGGAUAUUCCAAAUUUGAAAAAUAUACUGCUUUCCAUCCCAGAGAAAAGGUAUCUUAGAUUGCUGAUGAGGGUCAAAAAGGUGAAGCAGCAUUUCCUUUGGCAUAAGAACCCUGUCAAAUAUGAUAUAUUUCACAUGAUUCUUCAUUCUAUAUGGUACAACAGAGUCUUCUCUGCAUCUGCUAGAUAACAUGGAUAUUUUCUCAUGUCUAUCUUGCGCCCUUUGAUUUUCCUAAAACUCAAUUAGUGACUUAUUUGUAAUAAUGUACUUGGUCAGCCUGAAUGACAUUGGUCGUGCUGAGUAGGAGGAAGAGUGGUCAUUUUGGGUCGACAAGAAUAGCAACCCCAACUUGAUAUGUAAUGUACAUGAAAUGUCAAGAUGAAUAAACAUUGCCAAGUUAAGCGAUAAAAUAUGUCAAAUAAAACAAAAUACAUUAUGAGAUCAUAA